AUGAGCGGAUUAAAAUCGAAUCAAAAUGCUGGUGCAUCAUCAAAUAUUCAACAACUACAACAACGUAUGGCACAAAAUUACCUUCUCAUCUGGGUAGAUGCGAACAUCGACGAGGGAGAAAAGGAUUGCCAAGAUACACUCACUCAAUUGAAGAAUGUGGUCAAUGAUGUCAAGUUAUGUACUGAACCGAAUCAGUGCAUCCCAGUACUUAACAAGGUUGAUAAGGAACAAGUCUUCGUGAUAAUAUCAAGCCCAUUAGGCAAACAUUUGGUUCCUGAAAUUCAUGACAUUCCCCGGUUAGAUUCAAUUUACAUCUUCUGUGAUAAUAAAUCCAGACAUGAAGAAUGGACACAACACUGGACAAAAAUCAAAGGUGUCCAUACAAAUAUCAAAGAAAUAUGUCAAGCAUUACAAGUGGCUGUUAAGCAAUGCGACCAGGAUUCGACUGCCGUCAGCUUUCUCACGGUACAUGAAAUGGCUUCAACUGAUAAUGUAAAUCAGUUGGACCCAACGUUUAUCUAUACACUGACAUUCAAGGAAAUCCUCCUUGAUAUCGAAUGUGAUCGCAAGGCAAUCAGUGACUUAGCAGCUUGUUCCCGCGAAGUUUUUGGUGAUAAUCCAACUGAAUUACAAGUGAUUAAUGAAUUUGAACGUGACUAUGAUCCACAACAAGCAAUAUGGUGGUAUACACGCGAAUGUUUUACUUACAAAAUGCUCAAUCAAGCACUUCGAAUUUUGGAUGUCGAUAUGAUCAUUAACAUGGGUUUCUUUCUACGUGACGUGCAUCAACAGAUUCAACGGUUGUAUGAACAACAGAUCAGUGCUUAUGAUGGAAAAUCUUUUGUAGUUUAUCGAGGACAAGGUCUUAUGCAAUCAGACUUUGAAAAACUUCAAAAAACGAUAGGUGGAUUCAUGUCAUUUAACAAUUUCUUAUCCACCAAUAAAACUAAAGAUGUGCACCUCGAAUUCGCUCAACGUGCUUCAUCAAAACCUGACAUGGUGGGCAUUCUCUUUAUAAUGUCCAUUGAUCCUUCUGUUAAAUCAGCACCAUUUGCCUCUAUCGAAGAGGAGAGUUUUAUUAAGAAAGAAGACGAAAUUCUUUUCUCAAUGCACACCGUGUUUCGAGUGAGUGCAAUUAAACAAAUGGACAAUAAGAAUCAACUUUAUCAAGUUGAAUUAGAAUUAAUAUCAGAUGAUGAUCAUCAACUACGAUUACUUACAGAUCGGAUACGAGAAGAAGCUGGUGGCAGUACCGGAUGGAAAAAGUUGGGUAACUUAUUGCUUCAACUUGGUCAAUUUAAUGAAGCUGAAGAACUUUAUAACGUAUUACUGGAACACACAUCUGAUGACGAUGAAAAAGUGCAUUAUUAUAAUCAGCUGGGAUAUGCCAAAAAUGAAGAAGGUGAUUAUGAAAAGACUAUUUGGUAUUACGAGCAAGGACUUGAAAUUCGACAAAGAACUCUUCCUUCAAAUCACCCUUUACUGGCUACUUCAUACAACAAAAUCGGUAAUGUGUAUAACAACAUAAGACGAUACUCAAAAGCAUUAUCAUUUUACGAAAAAGUACUUGAAAUUCUCAAAAACAUUCUUCCUUCAAAUCAUCCUUUACUAUCUACAUCAUACAACAACAUCGCCUUGGUGUAUGAGAACAUGAGAGAGUUCUCGACAGCACUUUCAUACCACGGAAAAGCACUGGAAAUUCGACAAAAAGCUUUUCUUUCAAAUCAUCCUUUAUUGGCUACUUCAUACGACAACAUUGCCUUGGUGUAUGCCAAGACGGGAGAGUACUCGAAAGCACUUCCAUAUCAUGAAAUAGCACUUGAAAUUCGACAGAAAACUCUUCCUUCAAAUCAUUCUGAUUUGGCUACUUCAUAUAACAACGUCGGUAUGGCGUGUGCCAAGAUGGGAGAGUACUCGAAAGCACUUUCAUCUCACGAAAAAGCACUUGAAAUUCGACAAAAAAUUCUUCCUUCGAAUCAUCCUGAUUUAGCUGCUUCGUACAACAAUAUUGGUUUUGUAUGUCAAAAUAUGAAAGAUUAUUCCAAAGCACUAUCAUAUUUUGAACGUACUCUGAACAUACUGCAAAGUGCCUUACCUCCAACUCAUCCUCAUCUCAAAAGUGUGAAAGAACGUAUUGAGGUUGUAAAAAAAGAACUUAUAAUGAAUAGUUGA